AUGACAGACGCGGUGGUCAUCGACAACGGCUCAGACACUUGCAAGGCUGGCAUGGCCGGCGAGGAAGCCCCCAGCGCCGUGUUCCCCUCGAUCGUCGGUCGCCCGCGCCGCACUGGUGUGGUGGUUGGCAUGGGCCAGAAGGACGCGUACGUCGGCGAGGAGGCCCCGCCUGGUCCCAAAGCCAACCGGGAGAAGAUGACGCAGAUCAUGUUCGAGACCUUCGCGGUCCCGGGCCAUGCCGUGCUCUCACUCUACGCCUCGGGCCGUGGCACCGGCAUCGUGCUUGAGUCCGGUGCGGGUGUCACCCACGUAGUGCCUGUCUUCGAGGGCUACGCGCUGCCCCACGCCAUCCACCGCCUCGACCUCGCUGGGCGCGAUCUGACCGACCACCUCGCCCAGCUCCUUGCCGAGAGGGGCUCGGCUGCGAUCACCGCAACCGCUGCCGCUGCCGAGCGCGAGAUCGUGCGCGACAUCAAAGAGAAGCUGUGCUAUGUCGCCCUCGACUUCGAGCAGGAGAUGAUGCGCCCCAACGUUUCGAAGCCGUACCAGCUGCCCGACGGCCGGGUCAUCACCAUCGGCAACGAGCGAUUCCGCGCGCCCGAAGACCUGUUCCAGCCCUCGUUCCUGGGCUUGAAGUCGGCCGGCAUCCACGAGGCCACCUACAACGCGAUCAUGAAGUGCGAUGUCGACAUCAGGAAGGUGUUCUACGGCAACGUGGUCCUGUCGGGCGGCACCACGCUGUUCUCCGGCCUCGCCGAGCGCAUGCACAAGGAGCUCUCGGCCCUGGCGCCGGAAACGGCCACUAUCAAGGUCAUCGCCCCACCCGAGCGCAAGUACUCUGCGUGGAUUGGUGGCUCGAUCCUGGCCUCGCUCUCCGCCUUCCAGGAGAUGUGGAUCUCCCGAGAGGAGUACGAUGAGUCUGGUCCCUUGAUUGUUCAUCGCAAGUGCUUUUGA